CGACUGUACUGUAACUAAUAAAACUUCUGCCAUAGGAGGAUGUUAACUUUCCAAACAGGAAGUUUUUUUUCAUAAAAAAUAGUGUUCCCUGAAUAAUUUCUUAUCGAUACACCAUGGCUGUGUGUGAUUUUCACAUUUUAGCUCAAGCAAUUCUAUAUUUCUUUGCUGUUAUUGCUGGUUUUGUUGUGGCAAUCCCCAUCGGUGUGAAUAGGAUAAACUUUAAAGGAAAUUGUAUUCUGUAUGCAGACACAAAAUGGAGCAAUAAUGAGUUCCUUAUUCCUUCGAGCAACGCUGGAAACUGUAACUUCCCUAUCUACUUCAGCGUAUUUGGUCUCAUAUUCUACGGCCUUGGUCUUGGAUUGUACAACAUGUACGCAGUGAUUCGCUCAAGAAAAGACCCUGCAUUUGGGUCUCAGAUGUGGGUGAUCCCAUUCAUGGUACUUAACGCUGUGCAGGUCACCAUCUCCCUGGUUGUGGCGUGCAUGGUGUCAGUGGGACUGCUUACCCUCUGUAAUGGACUAACCGGGGAAGGCAAGCUCAAAAAUUGCUGGGAUAGAGAAAACUCUGAAUUCAAAAAGGUGGAUACCGGUGAUACAUUUAACUCUGGCAACUAUUACAAGCUGCUCACAACUGCCCAGGCAGGAGCUUGGAUAGCGUUUCUGAUCUGGAUCAUACAGUUAGUUCUGUCUGUGUUGAGAUUCAUACGCAACCGACGGCAAGGCUCCGGAGCCAUGAUGGACAAGGCACAGGCAGGGCAGGGGUCAACUACCAAGAUCGCUGAAACAGAACCAACCUCCUAGACCAUUUAUUGGAUAAAUUGUAGUGGCUUUGGGAUUUAAAAAAAGGGAUUAUUUUUACAAGAUUUGGACUUUUGUUGAAUGCAUUAAGACAUAAUUGAAAACAAAACACAUAGCCUUUAUGUCAAACAAUCCUGAAACUUACGCAUGAUAACGCAGCAAAUUCCUAAAAUGAUUGCGAUAACAUUGCAAAAGCUGCUCAUUUGAAAUUGUUUGAAAUUCCUUCCCUUUGGAGAACAGGUGAGAGACCUUUUGCCCUCUUGUUUAGUCCAGGACUCUUAGUUCUUGAAAUCUCAAUCAAAGUUAUUAUAUCUCCUUUUUAUAAAUAAUACAUCUUUAUUUUUUAAGUUUUUAUAUUGCCUUGCUUUUGAAUCACUUUUUUAAAUUCUGUUCUCUGUUCAUGUACAUGAUUUUAUUGUUGUUGUUAAUUAUGUUUGAUUGUUAUUGUUACCUUUAUUGUUAUCUUUUUCCACUCGUACUCAUGUGCUGCCUUAUCAAAAUGAAGUGGUCUUUUUUAAUGUGUAAAUUUAAAUUUUCUUUGUACAAAAAGUAAUUGUCACAUUUAUCGUUAUCUUUUUGCACUCAUACGCAUGUGCUGCCUUAUUAAAAUUGAGAGGUCUAUGACAUCAUGUUUAUUGUCCCCUACCGGUUUGCGCUUUGUGUGUCAGUCUGUCCGUCAGUCUGUCACACUUUUCUGGAUCCUGCGAUAACUUUAAAAGUUCUUAAUAUUUUUUCAUGAAACUUGAAACAUGGAUAGAUGGCAAUAUGGACAUUAUGCACGUCAUUUCAUUUUGUUCCUACGUCAAAAAUUCUGGUUGCUAUGGCAACAAAUAGACUAGAAAUACUGCUGAAAAUGGUGGUUUUCUGGAUCCUGGGAUAACUUAAAAAGUUCUGAAUAUUUUUUCAUGAAACUUGCAACAUGGAUAGAUUGCAAUAUGGACAUUAUGCACGUCAUUUCAUUUUGUUCCUACGUAAAAUAUUGUGGUUGCUAUGGCAACCAAAAAACUUUUUUAAAAAUCUGAAAAUGGUGGAAUUUCUGACAAUAGUGGAGCCGGUAGGGGACCAUAUUGCUUGACAAUAGCCUUGUUUGAAUUCAUUUUUCCAAGUAGUCAUUGUUACAUUCAAUGGUCAUUUUUGUACUCAUUCUCAUGUGCUGCCUUAUUAAAAUGAAGUGGUCUUUUUAAAUGUGUUUAUUGAAACUCUACUUGUACAAGUAGUCAUGUUACAUUUAUUGUUAUAUUUUUGCACGCAUACUCAUGUGCUGCUAUUAAAAUUGAGAAGUCUAUGACAUUGUGUUUAUUUGAAUUCAUCUUUCCAAUUAGUCAUUGUUACAUUGAAUGGUCUCUUCUUGCAUUCGUUCUCAUGUGCCCCCUUAUUGAAAUGAAGUGCUAUUUGCCAUUGUGCUAAUUUAAAUUCUCUUUGUACAAGUUUUUUAAUUGUUUUCGGAUUUUCACAAGAAAGCAAUACAACUGUUCAUCAAUUAAUACUCUUUUAAUUUGAAAUGUUAAGAUAUAUUUUGGUAAGGAAGUUAAAGUUGUAUUACUUGAUAACAAGUUCAUCCUAGUUUUCAAAAUGUGUAUUGCAACAUAUCAUCAUAACAAGUAUGUUGGUUUAACAACGUCCAAAAACUUAUCACAAAAUCAUUAUUGUCAAGUUUAAUUGUAAUUUAUUAAAGUGCCUUUUGUUUAAAGAAUUGUAAUUAGUCUAUGCGUUGAAAUGAUGAUGUAAUCAACUCACAUUGAAUUUUAAAAAAUCGGUUUUGAAUGAUGUCAUAAAUCCAAAAGCUGUCUUGCUAUACAUUAUUUUACAAGUUUAAAAAAGGUUUUCUCAUGAAACAAAAUUACCUUGGUCUAUGAUUGGUAAAUUUGAGUAGUUUUUUCAUGUCCCUGUAUCUUCCAAAUGUCCUUUUUAAGAGCAUAUUGGCUAUUAAUGUUAUUUUGUUGAUAACUAACAAUUCUGUGGUAACAUAAAUUUGUCAUAACAUAGAUUAUUAGAUUUGUGUAUGCGUUAAACAGUUUGAUACUGGUCAAUUGUUUUGCUCUCAUCUUUGUGAAAAUUUGGAUGAAGCAAGCUUGCAUAGAGAAAUUUUGGAUAAAGCAAGAUUGCUUGGAAAACUAUUUUGGAAAUGUAUUUACGGCUAGCUGGGUCACAGUCAAAGUCACUGUUAUUUAAAAGAAAAAAAACUGUUUAGCUCAAUAACUUCAGUUUGGAUGGUUGUGAUUCACUGAUAUUAGUAUGUAGUAUACUUACAUGCAGACAUAACUUGAGGGUGAUUUUGUGGCCAGUUGGUUCAAGGUCAAUUACAAAAACACAAAAAUGUUGAUCACAACUGUUAAAUAAGUUUUGUGAUAUUGUACUGAAAUUAGUAUGUAGGGAUGUUAUAUGUGGACCAAGUUCCAUUCUUAGCUUUUGGCGUAUUGCUCUUAAAUUUAGUAUGCAGGUCGUUUAAUUGCAUACCCAGCUUAGAAUAUCACAAUAAGUAAAACAAAAAUGAAUUUAUUAGUAAAACAUUGAAAACCCAGUGCCCAGUUGAAGAACAAUGAGCAAAUGUGCUUUUUCUUUGAUACUUACAUUUUAUUUAUUGGCAUUUUAAACUGCAUUGUGUUAUAUUUAUGUUUAUCUCUAUGUACAGCUGAAAUGUUAUGUAAAUAAUUUGUGUUGAUUCUCUUAUUUUUGUUCAUAUAACAAAUAUUACUGGUAAGGAACAAUGUAUUAUAACUGUUAAUGUGUAUAUAUUUGCCAUAUUGUGACUUUAUGCACAAUUGAUAAACUCUCAGCAUUAUUCGCUUCAAAGCAUUCUUUGUCUCAAUUAUUUCAGAGCUUGAGCCCAUUCUGGCAAGUUAGCGAAGUCACUAGCCCAAAGCUCUGUUUCAAACCUGAAGUACCUUGAAAAUGCAAUAUAUUUUCACUAAACCUUUCUAAACUAAUUUAGAUACUAAGAAAAGUUUGUGCUUGGAAUACAUCUAUUUAGUUAACAACUAUAACACCACAUGUAGACUGCUAGUUUGACUCAUAUACAUAAGUCAGAAUUAUUUAUAAUUGUAUGCUACAAAACACACUAGUUAGAUAGCCUUGUGACUUCACUUAAUUUAAAUGUGUAUAUUGCUUUAAUGAUACUUGCUGAUCACAAGCUACAAAUGUCUCCAAAAAAUGCUGCACUUCAAUUUAGGCCAUUAGAAAAACAUAUAAUAAGCAUGUUUGGUAGUAACAAUUGACAUUGUUAUCGUGUUUGUUUAUUAUCCCGCGCCAUAGGCGGAGGGAUAUUGUUUGUCCGUCCAUCACGCCGUCCGUCCGUCUUUUCGUCCGUCCGUCCAUCCGGAGCCCUAUCUUGGAAGUUCUUUGGCAGAUUUCAUUGAAACUUGGUAUGAGUAUAUAUAUGGAUAAUAGGAUGGUGCACGCCAAAUGGCAUCAAACACCAUCUGUUAAUAAUAGAGUUAUGGCCCUUUGUAUCUUGAAAAAACUGCAUUUUUGUGUGUCCAGAGCCAUAUCUUGGAAGUGCUUUGGCGGAUUUCACUGAAACUUGGUAUGAGUGUCCAGAAGCAUAUUGGUGGGGGAUAUCAAUUCAACGAGUUUGCUUGUUUUAAUUUGUAUUGCCUUUCAGGUGACCAGUUAGCAUCCCAUAUGAAACCCAUACUAAUAAGUAGUUUUAUGCAUUUCCUUCUAUUGUAUUCAUCUUUCCUAUACCAAUUACUAUAAGCAUUAGUGGUCUUGAUUGACUAUUUGUUAUAUGCAUCAAUAAAUUUCGUUGAAAUAUUGUUUAAGGAGUCUCAUUAAUGUCACACAUAAUUUGUUAGUUGUUGUUAAGGGAACAUUUGUUAUGUUUAAUUUUUUCAUUUGUAAAAGAUGUUUGAAUGACAACAUAAUACUCAAUGUAAAUCAUUUAAUAAUAUACUAUGCCAUACUUAACAUUCCAUUUUAUAUUAUAUUUAUUUUUUUGUCAAAAUCAUCAUAGACAUGUUUGUAAGUCAAACCAAGUUUCAACUACCAAUAUGCAUCUAAUGGAGGAUAUUUGUUGGUUCAGUGGAAUAUCGAUUUUUAUUCAUGAAAGAUCAUAGAAAAAUAUAUUUUCUAUGAUCACAAGUGAAUUAAAAUCGACAUUCCACCAAAUCCAACAAAUUUUCUUUUUAUUUUAUGCUUGUUUUCACCGUUUAUUUAAAUUGUAAACGAAUUUAACCAGAUAAUUUUGCUGGUAAAAUGAUAUCAUUUAGUAAAAAAAAGACCUCAUUUCACAGUAAAACAGUGAAAAAUAUCGAUAAUUUUCUCUGUUAUUUGUCACUGUUUGAAAUAGUGAAAUAUCAGGGUUUUUUUCACUGAUAUUUCUGUAUAUACCAUCAAAAAGCAUAAAAUAAAUGCUCAUAUUCUGAACAAGUAAUUGAAACAUGUAUUAUAUAUGGCAACAUGUUAAUCACCGAGCAUGUUUUUGUUACUAACAUUUCUUUGUUUAAUAUAUACUGUGCGAGGAGGAAUUUUUUACAAAUAAAUGAAAUGCUAACACUUUAGAUAUUUAUUAAAUAUAUUGAAAUAUA